AUGGCAUUUCUGACAAAUCUGUUCGGUGGCCAGGCAAACGGCAGUCGUGAUUCAGACAAUGCUGCAGAAAUUGUGGAGAAUCUUGUGGAGCGAGUGGAAACAUCGACGGUACUGGAGGACCGGCGCGACGCAUUAAAGGCGUUACGAUCACUUGCCAAGAAAGUUCGAUUGCCGGUGGCUGCAAUUGGUAUGAAUGCAUAUAUGGAGAUCCUUGAAAAGGAAUACCGCAAUUCCGAGAUUAUAGCGAUCGUCCUGGAAAUUCUGGUUGCUGUACUGUGCGAUGAUGAGGCUGCCGAUGACGGACACGAUGAAAUUGGCGAAAGGUUGGCCGAAAUGAUUGUGCGAAAGAAGACGUUCGUUCCAUCAGUUAUGGCACUGCUGCAGUCCUAUGAUUUUAACGUUCGAAGAGCAGUAAUCCGCUUAUUGACAGCCCUUCUGCGACAUCGUGCCAGCGAAGUGCAGGCAGCUAUUGUCCAGGAACCAACUGGAGUAUCUCGCCUCCUUCUUUUCGACAUCAUUGACGUCGAACCUGUGGAAAGCAUUGUGAUUGAGGACUGCUUGUAUGUGAUUCUGAAUUUGUUGCGGCGAAAUGCUAAAAAUCAGCAGCUAUUUCGGGAGGCAAGCAUGAUACAGCGUUUAGCAGCGUUGCUUCACUGUUUGCUCUAUGGGCGUGAAGGCGAGCAAGGCGCGCCGCGCCGUGAGUAUGAAUGGAACAGACAAAAGGCUGCAAAUGUGAUGUUCCUGCUGCAAGUUGUGCGAAGCCUGGUUUCGCCGCAGGACAAUUCUCAGGGCAACACACACGCAGCACAGAAAGUCCUGUCUCAGACCGGAGUGUUAAAAAAUCUGUGCAAUAUUUUGCUCUCCGAGGUUGGGGCGGCAGUGGAGGUGCUCACCGAAACAAUUGUUGCCAUAGCUGAGGUUAUCUGUGGAAAUUAUCCAAAUCAAGAGUAUUUCUCGACACGCACCAUCGCAACGGAAAUUGGAAACAGGCCUGCUCUAAUUGUCCUUUUGUUAUCACUGAACACGGACAAACAGCCUUUCAAACUACGUUGCGCGGUCUUUUACUGUUUCUUGUGCUUCCUUCACGACAACGAAUUUGGAAAAACGAAGGUAAUCGAUACUUUGUUGCCGUCCGGAGCAUCUGAUCCAGACGUCACCACUGGUCAGUGCAUAUGUUCAGCAAUCCUAAGCUCUGAAACUGUUCAGGUGUGGAUGGGGUGCGUUUGCUUACUACAUUGUGUUCUCGACGCAGAUCAUCUUAAACAACAACUACUUCGAGUUCAGCUCACAACGAACGCAUCUGAGCCACCGUCUUCCCUUCUGCAGCACCUCACUGGUCUUCUGAUUUCUCUGGGAAACCGCCGGCCACAAACGCGGGCGGGGCUGUUGAUGUUACUUUCGGCAUGGUUGCACAACUGUCCUCUGGCUGUUGCCCAGUUCAUCUCUGUUGACGAGAAUAUUCAAUAUUUGACGAUGCAGCUCGAUGGUUAUGGUGCAGAAGGUUCCGAGGACGAAAAUCGGGUUCGUCGCGUCGGAAAAGAAAAGUUGGUGGAGUUGUUGGAAGCCCUAUCUCACAGCGAACAUUAUGUGAAAGCUUUACAACGACCACAGCCGUUAGCAAAAGCACCUCAGGACUUGUUCCUUGAUUACCAGUUCACAAAGUUCUUCAAAAGCGUCGAAGGUUUCCAAAUUUGA